GGUUGUGGGCCUAGCCCGAAAUCACUGUGAAAUUGAACGUUUUACGCAAAAAACGCUCGUAGUUGGAGUAUCUGCAUAGAAAUGUGGUUCACGCGCUUGUUGAUGAGUGCCAGAUCAUUUCCAGGACGAAUAUGGUCGGGAAAAAACAGAAAAGUAAGAAAAGUGACUGGUCACAUGAAAUACAACAAACUACAAAGAGCCUUGUUAGUCCGCCAAGUUGAAGAAAUGAUUGCUACUCCAUAUUUGACAGUUGAAGAGGAACAUGGGCACGCUGUCAUGAAGAAGAAGGAAUCAGUUAGAAAAUUCUUUGAGAAGCAAAAUAGAUUAAAAACUUUAGGACCAGAUGUUCUUGGACUAGACAGUUUACAUGCAACUAAAAACACCAAGAGUUUUUUAGAGCAUAUUAAUGUUGCAAGAAAGUGGAAUCCAGUAGAUUAAGUCCUUAUGGCUCUUAAAAAUUAUUUUCAGUGUUGAUUGUUUUUCUUAGUUAUGUAAUUUUGGUAAUAACAGGCUCAUUGGGCUGUAUUAAAGUGAAACAGCCAUUGUACAAUGUGGCAAAUUUAUAUAA